GGCUUUCUCGGCGAGGACCCUUCGGAGAGGCGCCAUUUUAGACUUGCUGAGGGGACUCUGUCCGUUGUCGCCGCCCGUUUCCCCGUUCCUGUCCCUGGGUCGAGUCUUUCCGAGGCCAUGAGCGUGGUGGACCAUGUGCGGGAGAUGGCGGCGGCGGGGCUGCACUCCAACGUCAGGCUCCUGAGCGGCCUCCUCCUUACCAUGAGCGGCAACAACCCUGAGUUGUUUUCCCCGUCACAGAAGUAUCAGCUGCUUGUGUACCAUGCUGAUUCUCUUUUCCACGACAAGGAGUACCGAAAUGCCGUCAGUAAGUACACAAUGGCCUUGCAGCAGAAGAAAGCCUUGAGUAAAACAUCCAAAGUCAGGCCUUCGACCGGGAAUGGGGCAUCUACUCCUCAAAACCAGUGCCUGCCUUCUGAAAUCGAAGUGAAGUACAAAAUGGCAGAGUGCUACACAAUGUUAAAGCAAGACAAAGAUGCCAUUGCCAUUCUUGACGGGAUCCCUUCCAGACAGAGAACUCCAAAGAUUAACAUGAUGCUGGCGAACCUGUAUAAAAAGGCGGGCCAGGAACGCUCCUCUGUGACAAGUUACAAAGAAGUUCUGAGACAGUGCCCACUUGCUCUUGAUGCCAUCCUAGGUUUGUUGUCGCUCUCAGUGAAAGGUGCAGAAGUUGCCUCUAUGACGAUGAAUGUGAUCCAGAGUAUCCCAAACUUGGAUUGGCUUUCAGUGUGGAUCAAAGCAUAUGCAUUUGUGCACACAGGAGAUAACACAAGAGCCAUUAACACCAUCUGCUCACUGGAAAAAAAGUCACUCUUGAGGGAUAAUGUGGAUAUACUGGGCAGCUUAGCAGAUCUGUAUUUCAGAGCUGGUGACAAUAAGAAUGCCAUUCUAAAAUUUGAGCAAGCACAGAUGUUGGAUCCAUAUUUAAUAAAAGGAAUGGACGUGUAUGGGUACUUGUUAGCCCGUGAAGGUCGCUUGGAGGAUGUGGAGAAUCUAGGCUGUCGGCUUUUCAAUAUUUCUGAUCAGCACGCUGAGCCUUGGGUGGUGUCGGGGUGUCAUAGUUUCUAUAGCAAGCGCUACUCCCGGGCUUUGUAUUUAGGAGCCAAAGCAAUUCAGCUAAAUAGCAACAGCGUCCAAGCGUUGCUGCUGAAAGGGGCAGCUCUUCGAAACAUGGGCAGAGUGCAAGAAGCCAUCAUCCAUUUCCGCGAAGCUAUACGGCUCGCUCCUUGCAGGCUGGACUGCUACGAAGGCCUCAUUGAGUGCUACUUGGCAUCAAAUGGUCUCCGCGAAGCCACGGUUAUGGCCAAUAAUGUGUACAAAACCCUGGGAGCCAAUGCACAGACGCUGACUCUUUUGGCCACUGUUUGUCUGGAAGAUCCUGUGGCACAGGAGAAAGCAAAAACUUUACUGGACAAAGCGUUGACGCAGCGCCCCGAUUACAUCAAAGCAGUGGUUAAAAAGGCAGAGCUUCUCAGCCGGGAACAGAAGUAUGACGAUGGGAUUGCUUUGCUGAGGAAUGCUCUGGCCAACCAGAGUGACUGCAUUCUGCAUCGAAUGUUAGGAGACUUCCUCGUAGCUGUUAAUGAGUAUCAGGAAGCCAUGGACCAGUACAGUAUUGCUCUAAGUUUGGAUCCAAACGAUCAGAAGUCACUGGAGGGAAUGCAGAAGAUGGAGAAAGAGGAAAGCCCUACCGAUGCUACCCAGGAAGAAGAUGUGGAUGACAUGGAAGGCAGUGGAGAGGAAGGAGAUCUAGAAGGUAGUGACAGUGAGGCAGCCCAGUGGGCGGAUCAGGAGCAGUGGUUUGGCAUGCAGUGAGGUGGCCUUGAAGGUGCCUGGGAAUCAUCUCACGGGAGGCGAGAUCCAAGAUCUCCUGCGUCUUCCUGGCUUGACAAACGCCAAGGGCGGCGUGUGCUGCUGGAGAAACUGGACCGAGGCCUCAUCCAAAGCCGUGAAGCCAUUGCAUAAAGUAUUUCCAUUCUGUGUCUGUGUUCUGCUCCGUAUUUCAUGUGAAGGCCGAGCAACUUGAGUGGCUUGGUGGGGAGGCAUGGAUGUCAAGCAGAGAUUUUGGGUUCUUAGGUCUAAAAUUAGAAGGUUGAAAGCGCAUAACAGACUAAAACGAUGUUGCAAUCAUGCUGCAAACUAAUUACGCUCGAUCUCCAGUGGCGGAUGAAUGUAGGCGGCUCUUAUACCCUUUUGUGAAAGAAAGCUUGAUGUCGGAGCCUGUACAAUGUCUUGAGAUGCAUGUCCUCCUCCAGAAACCCACAGGGGUCCCACAAAGGAGCAGUCUCUUUCCUCCCAGCCCUGUCCCUCUCUCCUGUGUUUUUGUGUAGGCCACUUCACAAGCGCACUCUAAAAUAAAAGCAUGCCACUUCUGCACUAACAAGCGCCAAAGUCUCUAUAUGAGUCACGGGAAAAUUGGAGCAGCACUGAGGGAAAUGCAACCGGGAAGAGGCUCUUAAGAUUGUUUCAUACUGAGGAGCAUCAAGUAACAAUGCCUCCCUCCCUCCCCCAUCGCUCCCAGGAAUAUAGGAAUAUUAAAACUUCCUUGUUCACACUUUGUGCUUUGUCAAGACACGGUCCAGCAAUAAGUUCUCCUGGACAGGCCCUGUUGAAGCCGCCUGCAGAAAAGAAUCCAUAACUACAAGGGUUGUUCUUUUAAACAUUUUCUCAACAAGUGAGGCUAUUUCCUCUCUCUUUUCUGCCCUUUGAGCCUCUUUGGGUUUAUUUAUUACAGGUUUUAGAAUUGACAUUUAUUUCUUAUGACACACGCUAAGUAACAGUUGGGGUGGGGAAGAUUUAUUCCAACCCUUUCAAGAAUUUCUCCUCCAUCCCCUGGAAAUAGAAUUUGGCUUUUCUGCAGGAGACUUUAGAGGGUUGGGUUUUUGUAUUUAUUUUGGAAAUUAAAAGGUUCAGUUUAUGUUUAAUUGACACUUGUCUUCCGAGGCCAGAAUUGUGUGCAAGACCUGAGGUGGCAAUAAAUUUUGAUGCAGACUUUC